CAGCCCACGCCCACGCCCACGCCCACGCCCACGCCCAAAGCUCCUCCACGAUCGAUCGACUGGGUAACGAACCGCCACGUCACGGUUCCACUACCACCACAGCGACGGCGCAAGAGCGGAAACAGGGAAGAGAACCACCAACAGAGGAGGAAGAAAGAAUUUGGUGGAUUAUGGUGGGGGGCUUCACUAAUUUUUUCGUGCAAGCGGUGGAUUUUAUAUGAGUUAUUUUUUGGUGUAAAAUCUGGCAGAGUUUUGAUAGUCAAAAGAGUUUGAUUACUGGAAUGGACGAGGUAGAACAAGUUCUAGGGAGAAAUAGGCUUGAAGAUGUGAGUUGGCUUUGUUCCCUUUCGGAGUCGGAGCUUGAUAUGCUGAUAAGCUUAAAGAUGCUGCUCCUCCAACGUGCAAAAAUAAUUGGCCAUGACAAUCUAGCUGAAAAUUUUGAUCUGAAGAUGCUUCGAGCUCUUGGGUUCAUUUUAAUGGAAUAUCUCAAAGAAAAGGUCAAGGAUUUAUCACUUGUUCCUGACGGGUGUGCUGUAUUUAUGGAUUGUUGCAAUUUAUUGAAAUGUAAUGUUGAGGAAAUUAUGAGUAUCGAGGAAUUAAAGGCAUGUAUUGGUCCUAACUCCAAAAAGAGGCUGGCGAAAGGACAGCACAAAGGUUUGGCUCCUAAUCAGAGAAGCUGAUCAAGUAAAGGCUCAAAGCUAGGAGUGUACACUAAGGAGAUGAAUUACAAUUCUCAACAUAACCAGGAGGCAUUUUGAAGGAAAAAAUUAAGCUUCCCUUAAUCUAUAAAACCGUGCGAAGCCACAAAAAAAUUCGUUUGAACAAACUGGUUAGCAUAUCUACACAAGUCCACUCUUUGAGUGACGAAGAUGAAUCCUUGUUGGUCGUGUAAAUUACGGGAAAAAUCUUUGCUUGUACUACAUGCAUGUAUGACUCACCCCAGUGAAGUCAAUAGUAUUAUGACGUGAAAUUAGAAUAAUCUUCUUAAAUGGUGCUACCAUAUCUUUUUGAGGUUAUAUAACAGAUUUUCCUAUAUCAUUAGAAAA